AUGAGCGUCCCUCGCGCGCAAUGCCAGGUCUUCGCGACAACGUUCAACCCUGAGGGAGCGCGCAUGGGCAACAAGGUCCUGCGACAGCGAUUAAAGGGCCCUGCCGUCGCCGCAUACUACCCGAGGAAGACGGCAACCAUCAAGGAUGUCAAGCGCGAGUUCGGGCCUAUCCUCGCGACCUGGGAUGAUGCCGAGGAGGACCGCUUCGAGUACAUUGAGGAGUACGCUGAAGCAGAGAGGGAAGAGUGCGCCCAAGAAGAAGACGGGGCCCUGCCACGCCCGGCAAGAAGCGAUGAUCUCGAGACGCCGAUGGUAGACAACCUUUCGGACCGCGCACGACAAGUGACGAUACCCGCUAUGCACCGAAGCGAGCUGUACGAUGGACUGCCGGGAUUCAGCGCUGGCAAUGUCAUAGACGAAGACGCCGCAAAGCACGAAAGGGUGCUGGCGGGGGAAUGA